AGAGUGAGAGAGAGAGAGAGAGAGAGAUGGAAGGAGAUGGAGAUGGCCGAUCAUCUCUCCAAUCUCCUCUUCUUCAAAGUUGCUCUGAAAAGGGCAUUGAAUUGGAAAGCGGUAGGAAGAGAGAGGAGAUAUUAGGAGAAAUAAAGAAGCAGUUGCUUUUGGCAGGGCCUUUGAUAGCCAUUAACCUUUUGCAGUUCAGUUUGAGGAUGAUAUCAGUGAUGUUUGUGGGCCACCUUGGUGAGCUCGCUCUAUCCAGUGCUUCCAUGGCCACUUCCUUUGGUGGGGUCACUGGUUUUAUCUUGCUGAUGGGAAUGGGAAGCGCAUUGGAUACGUUAUGUGGGCAGGCAUAUGGAGCCAAACAGUAUCAUAUGCUCGGCAUACACAUGCAAAGGGCGAUGAUCGUCCUUGCAAUCGUUAGCAUUCCCAUUUCUUUCAUUUGGGCCUACACAGGCCAAAUUCUCGUGGCCCUUGGACAAGAUCCAAUGAUAUCGAUGGAAGCUGGUCUGUAUGCUCGUUGGAUGAUACCAAGCAUUUUCGCUUAUGGUCUCCUUCAAUGCCACGUUCGUUUCCUACAGACCCAAAACAUCGUCAUUCCAAUGAUGAUAAGCACUGGAAUCACGGUUCUACUACACGUUGCUGUGUGUUGGGUUUUGGUGUUCAAAUCUGGCCUUGGAAACAAAGGGGCCGCCUUGGCGAUCGGCAUCUCUUAUUGGGUCAAUGUGGCAUUGUUGGCGAUUUAUGUGAACUUCUCCUCUGCCUGCAAGAAGACUUGGACUGGUUUAUCAAAGGAGGCCUUGAAUGAUAUUCUCAAAUUCCUAAGACUUGCUGUUCCUUCGGCUCUUAUGGUUUGCUUGGAGGUCUGGUCAUUUGAGUUGAUUGUUCUCUUAUCUGGUCUUCUUCCUAAUCCAAAGCUCGAAACAUCAGUCCUAUCAAUAAGUGUCAUCUCCAUCCCCAGCCUUAACACAUGUUCGAUGGUCUACAUGAUCCCAUUUGGUCUCAGCAGUGCAAUCAGUACAAGAGUUUCAAAUGAAUUGGGUGCUGGGCGUCCGCAAGCUGCACGCUUAGCAGUAUGUGUUGUGGUAGUGAUGGCCAUUUCACUGGGUGCAGUACUAGGGCUGGCCACAAUCUUGGUGCGCAACGUUUGGGGUUAUGUAUAUAGCAAUGAGGUAGAGGUGGUGAAAUAUGUAGCGACCUUGAUGCCAUUGAUUGCGCUCUCGGACUUCCUCGAUGGAAUCCAAUCGGUGCUUUCAGGAACUGCUAGAGGAUGUGGGUGGCAAAAGACUGGUGCUCUCAUUAACCUCGGAGCUUUCUACAUUGUGGGCAUUCCAACUUCUGUUCUCUUGGCUUUUUUCUUCCAUGUUGGAGGAAAGGGCCUUUGGAUAGGGAUGGUAUGUGCACUUUUCGUGCAGUCAGUGUUGCUUACAGCAAUAACACUCCGCACUAAUUGGCAUCAAGAGGCGAGGAAGGCUAAGGAUAGAGUUAACAGCUCUAGCAUCCCAAUAAACACAUGAUAUGAAAGCUAAUAUCCUAGUACUCUCUUUUGCUCACCUUUUUCUUUUUUCUUUUUUUCUUUUUUGUAUUCAAUAAUUGUCUACUUCUCUCCCUCUACAAUGUAUGUUAAUUGAGUCUUUUCAGUUGUUUGGUAGGCUACUAUAUAAAUAAAUUGGAAUAAUUUCAAUCCUUUCUCCGUUUGACUCCUUCAAAUAAAAUAUUAGUGGCUCUCCAUCCUUGGCUCUUUCAAAA